AGAAAUUAUACCAAAUAAGAAGUUGAAGAAAUAAAUAAAUAAGAAAGGGGUAUUACAAUCAAUAGAUUGCCUUAGAAAAUAAAUAAGCUAAUAAUAAUACAUCAAUUAAUGAUCAUAAUUAGAGCAUGAUUUAAAACUCAUCCAUGAAUGAAACAGUUUCAGAAGAUGAAGAGAUAUAAUUUGAGUUUCCAUCAAAUGAUUAAGGCGAGAAAAUUAAUAGUGAAGAAGAAUAGCUUAAUAUAACAGAAAGAGAGAAUAUAUAAGAAGAUUUUAUUGAAAGCGAUGCUGAGAGAAAAACCGAUGUCAUUAAAACUGAAGAAUUUGAAUAUUAUUAUGAAUACAUUUACGAAGAAACAAUUGCUAACAAUAUUGCUGAAGAAAACCUGAUAGCCUAGGA